GACAUACAGAUCAAUAUUUAAGUCCUUUUUUACUAUAAAUCUCCACCUUUGUCCAGCCCCGACCAGUAGGUGGUGAUAUGCAUGAACAAUGCGAAUCGCCGAAAAAAGAAAAGAAAAAAGAAGUAUGUGAAGGUGGAGAUUUGUGGUAAGAAAGGACUUAAAUAUUGAUUUGUUUCUUACCCACACCUAUCACAUCGCUUCUGAAGACGGAUUUAACCACUGGAGUCUUAUGGAUUACUUUUAUGCUGACUUUUUGGAGCUUCAAAGUUUUGGUCACCAUUCACUUGCAUUGUAUGGACCUACAGAGCUGAAUUACACUUCUAAAAAUCUUCAUUUGUAUUCUGCAGAAGAAAGUCUUACACGUUUGGGAUGGCAUGAGGGUGAGGAAAUGUUGAGAGAAUUUUCAUUUUUGGGUAAAUUCUCUCAUUAACAUGGUCAUUGUCAAUAAUAGGACAAGACUUCUCAAUGUAAAUGUCACAGAAACAUGUCUCCCUCUACUUUUCUGUCUUCUUUUAGAGGCCUGUGAAAUUUAAGACAUCGCAAUGGAAAGGAUGAGAUUGCUGAGAUCCCCAAAUGUUACUAAUUACAAAACUUAGAUCAGUAACAGAAGAAAAACUUUGCCUGUGCUUUUUAUUCAUUCAUUGUAAUAAGAGAAACCUUGCCAUGGAUAUCUGCAUUAUCAGCAUCUCCUGCCUGAGGCCAAGUCAGCAUGGAGACAUUGUUCCUCUUCAAAGCUGCAUCGAGUGGACACUGAAAAAAAGGGAGGGGGUCUUAAAGAACAGGUGCAGCCUUUGGGAGGGGGAGAGUCCCUUCUGCCAUCUGUUGACUUCUGGGGCAUCUAGUUUCCCCACAAACACUCCAUCACAAUUCACACACGCCUGCUCCAUCAUAGUGAUCCAGGUUGCCAUGGAGUUGUAUGGGGUGGAUAAGACCCCCGCAUGUGUGCGGUCAACUGCGGGCGUAUGGCUAUUGUGUUUUGAGGCAUUCAGAGAUUUGGGGGUUUGCAUGCAUGUGUGCAGACUAAAAUAGGGGUGGACAAGGCAAAAGAGACCAGUUGCUUUGUCUGUAAACCUCAGAUGUGGAGGAGACGCUGAGGUGUCUGUGCAGAAUUCUCCUCAGAAGGUCAUAACCAGAGAAUCAUCUGGGAUAUUUACGAAAAGAAAAUCUAAAGAACUAUAAAAAAAAAAUUAACAUGGACUGUAAGGAGGAGAUCAGUGACUCUGAUAGCGGGAUCAUUUUAAACUCUGGCCAAGACAGUCCCACAUCACCAGUGAAGGACCUGAGCACUUACACACAUGCUAUGAGACUGAAGCAGCAGGCCCUGGAAGAUAGACUGGAGCUGUGUGUUCUGGAGCUGAAGAAACUCUGCAUCAGAGAGGCUGAGCUUACGGGAAAGCUGCCCUCCGAUUAUCCUCUACUGCCUGACGAGAUGCCUCCGCAGAUCCGGCGACGAAUCGGAACUGCUUUUAAACUGGAUGAGGGUUUUAUAUCACAUGAUGGCGAGGAAUCCGAGCUGCACGCACUGGAGGCUGAUCUGGCCCUGCAGCGGCAGAUUUAUGAGGCAGCCCGAAAGCUCUCCCUUGAGGAGCACAUCAGCAAAGCAUUGAGGAAAAGCCGACUACAGCAGUGUAAACGGGAAGAGAAGAAACUGAAAGGGUUGCAGGAUGCUGUACUGAAAUACCGCAUCAACCAUGGCUGUGUUUCUCCACAGACCUGCUAUUCGUCCAGGCAGAGAGAUAUGUGCAUGUCAGAUGACAGCUCGCUUUCUGACGCUGUUGCCUUGGAUGAUGAUUCAGACUCCACUCCCUUGUCUCCAGCCGUUCUGGGGUCUUCUACAGAGAGUGGUUUCCAACGACUGAAACUCUUGCCCAAUAAUGGCCCAAAGCAAUCAAGCUCCAGUCUGGACUAUGAGCCCUCACCUAUCCAGAACUCUCCCUGGAAGGAAUCCAGCCUGGACCAGCCCUAUCAGAAACAAAUAGCAUCUCUCUCUGCCUGCAGCAGCCGCUCAAGCAGUCCAACAAGCUCGCCAACUGACACAAGACUGGCAGAGCUUCCUCCACCACCUCAGUUUGUGUUUAAGAGCCUGCCAGUGCGGAACAAUCAGCCAAACAGCGCCCCCUCCACUCCAGAGCUGCCAUUGCGCCGACAGUUCUCACAGUCCUUCCGACUCCCCAGAAAUAAACCAGAAUUGACCAAGACCAACUCAGACAUGGGGUGGGGCCGGACCAAGUUACCACGUCGACGAGUGACAGAUUUUGCCUUGGCCUACUCGGUUCAACGUUUGUACCAGUGCAGCUCUGAAGACAGCAGCUCUGAGCUUUCCAUUUCCUCCUUCAGCAGCUCAUCCAGCAGAGAAACGACCACUGAGGCACCCAAACCCUGUCCACCCCCAUAUGGCUACCACCGCACUACCCCCAGUCAAUCACAGAGCCAGCUCAGUGCCCACAGGCCACCUAAAAACAACAACAACUUGCCUCACCAUGUGACCAGCCCCAAUCGAGUGAAGGUUACCAAUGGGGCAUCACUGGAAGCCGACAUGGGAAGGCUACAACUCGGACCAAACUCACAAUUGGGGACUGCAUGUAACUACAAACCCACAAAUAAACCCCAACAAGUGGAGGUUACAUCACCUAAACAGAUGCUCAAGCCACCCCCACCAUACAUAAAGGUGGUCCGCACAACGUCACUAAAAGAAUACCCCAGUCAUCCCAGCCGGGCACUUCCUCGAGAUGUGCUGUCGGGGGAGCUUAAAUCUUGGCACCAGAAAAACAAUAUAGGUGUGUUCAGGCCUCGUUCACUUGAACGGCAAGGAUCGAUCCGAAUUAAGCGCCCAGAGCCGCCACCCUACCACCAGAUUCCCUCACAUAAACAGGCUCCUCAGAAAGUGAUUCUGCAAAGGGCUUCAGACGGAACUCCGCUGCAGUGGUACGAAGGGGAAGAUGCUGAGAUUGUGAGUCAGGUAUGACCUGAAAGAAACUGUACAGAGUACAAACUAUCUUCCAGUGCAUACCUUCUUUAUUUUUAUUUAUUGAGCCAAUGGACUCACUGAUGCAGCCUCAUAGUGAAAAUUAUAUUAAUUCUCACCAAGACUUUUUGACCAAGAAGUGUAGCUGAGCCAAAAUUCAAUACUCCUGCAUUUGUAACACUUGAUUAAAUUUCAAGUCUAAGACUUUCCUGUAAGGCAUCAUGCCAGAUAUUUAUGAUGAAUGUAUAAUUUAAUUCUAAUCUUCUUGAUGUCAGUAGAGUGUGGCCAACUUUUACUAAUAACUGUAAUGAAUGCCUCCUUUGAGACCUAUGCCUCCUUUUAGUAUGUAUUUGUGUCUGGCACACGAUUCUUCAGAAAUGAAGUAUUUCAUCUUAGUUUUCCCAUGAUCUCAUGUAACACUAUUAUUUAAUUUAUUUAUGUUUGCAUAUUAUUUUUAUUUUUUAAUUAAUUUUGCCCCAUUCUUAACACAUUUUUAAUAUUUAGUGAAAUGUCUAAAAAAAAUACAAACAUGUUGCUAUGCUACUGUAAUAUGCGUUUUAAGAAUACUUUUGUGUCUGUAAGUCUUAAUUCCAAAUGCAAAUAUUUUCCUGUUUAUAUACUAACUACUUAUGAAAUAUAGUUUAUAUUAUUUAUAAUACACUUUAAUAAACAAUA